CAAAACAGUAUCAAAGCUGAAUUAAGUUAUAUUUUAUGUCAGUCAGUCAUAGUAAUUGUAGCGUUGUAGGUCAGUACUGGUCGAAUCAGUUUUAUGUACUUGUAUGUAUAGUUGUUGUUGUAUAGUGAAAAUGCAAAAUAAAUGUGUCAUCUUUUCAUUUUGUUCUCGUAUAAUUGGCUGAUUUGUUGGUUACUUUCUUGAACCAAAUUAUGAACUAAAAAUUUUAAAAUAUUAUUAUUUCCUUCAAGGAAAAAUAAGCAUCGUGUGACUGGUAAGAUUGUUCAUCUAAAACCACAGCUUUAACUGAGCUUUUAUCCGGAUUGUGGUCAAAUCAAUCGUACCGGCCGGACCAACUUUAACAACGCCAUUGGUUAGAGUGUCUUGGAAUGUAUAUUAGAUUAUAUAUGUGGCAUAAACACUUACGUGCGAAUUUAUGUUUCUAUUUUUAUAUAGGUUUUUUUUGCUAAAAUUCUAGUUUUAUAUAGUUUCGGAUUGUUUUGACACCUCAAUUAUUAUAGUAUAAAGUACCCUCUAAGAUAUCAUCCUUACCCGAGCAGGUACUACACAAUCUAGCACAUUCUCUUCUCUUCCAUUCUCUCCCACCAUUGAUUGGAGUCAUCAUCUUCUUGACACAAGAAGUGGUCUGAGUCAAAACUAAAAUCAGACAAUGGACCACUCAGCAGAUCGAACAACUUUUAAGCGUCACUCGUCGCUUUCUACACUUGUGGCUCAUUUCUUUGGCAUCUUAGCCGUUAUUCUAAUGCUCAUAUGGCUUCUUCAUUACCGUGAAGGUAUUGAGUAUGGCUCCGACAAUCCCCUUAAGGUUUUAAAUGUGCAUCCAUUUCUCAUGUACUGUGGUUUUCUCUUCCUCGUGGGCCAAGCGAUGAUGAUGUACAAAACGGCGUAUGCCUCGCACCAAGUACAGAAAAUGGUUCACGGUGGACUUCACUUAAUAGGAUUAGUUCUAGGUAUUGUCGGAAUCUGCGCCGCCUUUAGAUUCCACGAUAAAUUAAACCUUAAAAACAUGGUCUCUCUUCACUCCUGGAUCGGUCUCACCACUUUCAUCCUCCUCGGCCUCCAGUGGCUGCUCGGGGCGUUCACAUUCCUUGCGCCACAAUCUUCAUCAGGGACAAGAACGAGGAUGAUGCCGUCGCACGUCUUAGGUGGUCGAGCUCUACUUUAUAUGGGUAUUGUCGCAGCACUUACAGGACUCGCGCAGAGAGCCACGAUGCUUGGUCAGAGCACAAACGCUGAGUCACGCCUCAUUAACUUCACCGGUUUAGCUAUUCUACUCUUUGGCGUUUCAGUCGACUUCUCCGUCGCUCUUGGCCGUUAUAAUUGAUGGAUUCCUCUAUUAAUUAGUCUACCGUUUAAUAAAUCUUUCUUUAUUGUAUCAUUCAAUGAAUUAUUGCUCGUUUGUGCUGGUGUGAAAAUGUGGUUGGUGUGAUAUCUGAUUGGGCCCUGAGAGUUGAUUACUUGAUAUUUGAUUCUUUUUACUUUUUGUAUGUUUUUUGUUGAUAACUUGAUAUUGUUUAUCUUUGAUGCUUACGAAAAAAGCUAUUAUUUGCAUAUUUUAA